AUGCCUUCGCCAGCGAAGCCCGCCAGCGCAAUCCCGCGCCCGCUCUCGGAGGUCUCGCCGACCGAGAAGCGGCGGAACUCGCCAAGCUGGAACCAAACGACCAAGAAAAUGGCACUCACCGACUCGUCGCCAUUCCAGUCAUCCCCCUUGGAGGGCACCGCCACCUCCCCGCGCCUCUUCUGGCAGAAUCGCAGCUUCAACUCGGAAAACAGCUACGGUAGUGGUUCGGGCUCGCCGUCUCCGUGUCGGCGCUCCUCCCUCGAGCGCUUGCAAAAGGCCUCGCGCGUCAAAAACAGCAAUAUCUUGGCCCUAGAGCAGAAGCAGGAAUACGACCCGACCCGAAUUCCCCACGUUGAGCGCCCUCUGGCAAAGGUCCAAGGCAACGCGUUUGGCGGAAGUGGUGCGGCAGGCCUGCGCUCCGAUAACCGCCCCGUGGGCCACCAGCGGAGCGAGAGCAAGACCAGCAUACCGGUUCUGAGUCCCUCCAAGACGACUUCCUCCCAGCAAACGAGCCCGCCGGUGCGACCGACCACACCCAGCAAGGACCAGCCAUCGCCGAUGAAGUCUUCGCUCUCCUCCAGCCGCUUUAAGAGCAGCUUCGAUCCGGAGACAGGGACCUGGUCAGACGUUUCAGGAGAUGAGCGCCAUUUGCCUGAGGGCAAGUCGCUCCAUCGCCACCAGAAGAGCGUCACCUUCGACGCCGCUCCGCCGCAGAUCAACGAGUAUGAAAUGGCCACUCCCGAUCUCUCGUCCAUCGGGAGCAAUUCUAGGGAGGGCAGCUACGACUCGGAGGAAGACGAAGACGACGACGACCACUACAUGAUUCAUGGCAGCGUUGAUCCGGACGAUAGUUUUGACGCUUCGCUUGAGGACACGGACAAGACGCCUGUCGUGGGCCCCGAUGACUGGAGACAGGGCAGCCACGAUGAUCCGUAUGAGAAGAGCCCCAUGCCAGACGAGCUUCCGCCGGUCCAGAAGUCGCUCCACCGCCGCACCGACUCGUCCAACUCUAACGGCGAGAGCCGGCCUCUGCCCCCUCUCCCAGGCAUGAGCCAGGGAGCCAGAAGCCUGCCGUCUCCGCCGCCCGCAUCGAGUCCCUCCUCCUCGGACGCUCACAACAUCGGCAACGGCAGGAUGCCGCUGGAGGAGCGCCUGAGGCUUAUGAUGCUCUCCGACGAUGGCAAAUCCGCCGCCGAGCAGCAGCGGGAGCGCCGCAUGAGACGCGCUGGCGCUCGCGAGCGCGCCGGGAGCCAGACGCCCGAGCGCGAGAGCCGGAGCCCGAGCGUUCAGCCUCACUCGGACCAUGAGGAGGCAGAUGACACUGUUGGGGAGCUCUCGGGCCUCGGAGAGUACCAGCUGCCGCCGCGCAUCUCGCGCGAGUCCAUCCUCCGCCGGGUGAACGGGAAUAAGCUCUUCGACCGAGAAUCGGACUACCGCUUCUCGUCGCCGCCUGCCGCGUCGUCUCCCGGGGAGGCCCACACGUAUGAUCCGGAUGUGCCGAUUCCGAGCACCGAGGACUCAAUGAUCGAUGAGGACUCGGAUGAGGGUAGCGUCAUCGUCAAGCGUGACCCCGAGGAUAAGGAGUUUGACGUCUAUUCCAUCCCCGAGAUAUACCAGCGCCCUGAGACCCUCGAUGGUGACGACUUGGACGACGAGAAGAGGCCGUCGGACGAUGACAGUGCGAGCCAAUAUUCGAACGACGAUGAGGCACCAAGCAGCAAAGCGCGAGAUGCCGAAGAAGACCAGGUUCCUACCCCACGGGCAGCCUCUCCGGCUACUGAGGCGGCGACGACCGCUGAAGAGCCCGAGGCUCGCGCGUCGCUUGAGUUGCCAGACCAAACCGAGCAGAGCGACUUCUCCAAGAGCUUUGAUUCCUGCAUCCUCGCCAAGUCUGAGGAGCCGGAGGCUGCUCCAGAGCCCAAGAAGCCGAGCAUGGCAGAUGCGCAAGCGUACCUUCAGCGGCCGUUCACACCCGAACAACAGGUCACCACGUCGCUCUCGAAACCUGAGUAUGACGGAUCCGGAUGGGGCGAGCCUGAGGAGGGUUCCGACGAGCCAGGCACACCCGAAUCUGUCAUCCACCACCCUAUUCCAGACAGCGAGGACGAGGCGGCUCGGCAGUCCCCCGCCAUUCCCGAGCAGCUAGCCACUGUCAAGUCUGCAUCCGGUUCCAAGCUGAAGACGCGUCCCUCCGCCACCCCCUCUGAUCUUGCGGCUAUGCGCGAGGCUCGCCGUCAAGUCAGCCGCGAGGUGCCCGACGUCCCGCCCAUCCCUGAGCGGCACCGAAACCGCAUCUCCCGAGACAUGGACGCCGACGGCAGUCAGAAUGACGGGGAUGAUUUCCUUGAGCGCCACCCGAGCUUCAAGAACCGCAGUCUGACGCUUGAUUUGGACCUCGGCCUCAGCCUUGACAAGGACUUUGACCGUGUUAUCGAAGCCCAAAAGGUUGCGUUCCACCACUUUUCUUGUCUCCCGCCCUCCGCCACUGCACCCAGCCUGUUCCCGGCUGAGCGGGAGGACUCUGCGCAACAAAAAGCAUCUUCUACAACGACUGAAGACAUGAUAAGUACUAACAUUUCUCUCCGCAAACAGCGCGGCUACUUGAUGCGGCAUAACACGAAGGUCGUCACGGCCAGCGACAAGGACAUCGAGGAUACCCGCGCUUGCCGCUCGGCGGGCAAUUCGCCCGUCAAGCCGGCCCGUCCGCAAUCCUGGACGGUCGAGCCCUGGCGCGGCUCGCCGAGGAAACGGAGUCUUCGAAAGAGACACCCGGGAACGGGGCCAGUCCCGCCCCUGCCUGGCCAGGAGAGCAACGCGGCGGCGGCGUCGGGCCAUACUAACGAGGAAGACCAGGGCGUGGAGAUGGCGACCGAGGACAACGGGGAGAGAGGCAGGCUCUUCGUUAAAGUGAUGGGAGUCAAGGACCUCGAUCUGCCGCUUCCAAAGAAUGAGCGGACGUGGUUCAGCCUAACGCUCGACAACGGCGUCCACUGCGUCACAACAGCGUGGCUCGAGCUGGCGCGCAAUGCGCCCAUCGGGCAGGAGUUCGAGCUGGUCGUUCCAAACGACCUUGAGUUCCAGCUGACACUCAACGUCAAGCUGGAGAAGCCGGCGCCCGCUCCCGUCAGCAAGAAGGCUCUUCCAUCUCCCAGCAAGCCCGCCAAGCCCAAAACAUCGACCUUCAGCCGCGUCUUCGCUUCCCCGAAAAAGCGCAGGGAGAUGGAGCUCCGCCAGAAGCAGCAGGAGGAAGAGGAGCGAGCGCUCGCCGCCCAGCGCGAGGCCCAGGCGCGCCAGCUGAAGGCGGCGCAACAGCCCACCGCCUGGGACCUGCUGAGCCCGCUGGCGGCCGAGGACGGCAGCUUCGCGCGCGCCUACGUUUGUCUCAAGGAGCACGAGCCGCGCUGCUUCGGCCGGCCGUAUACCGUCGAGGUGGCGGCGUUCAACGAGUGGGCGACCGAGGAGGCCGGGUUCGCGUCCAGCGUCAAGAGCAAGCGCGGGAACGCGGGAGCCGGCGGAGGCGUCAUCCGCCGCGCGCCCUACAAGAUCGGGAAGCUGGAGCUGCAGCUGCUGUUCGUGCCCCGCCCGAAGGGGGCCACCGACGAGGACAUGCCCAAGAGCAUGAAUUCCUGCAUCAGGGAGAUGAAGGCUGCCGAGGAGAGGCUCGCCCGCUGCUGGGAGGGCCAUCUCAGCCAGCAAGGCGGCGACUGCCCUUACUGGCGCCGCCGCUACUUCAAGCUCGUCGGCACCAAGCUAACGGCGUACCACGAGGCGACGCGGCAGCCGCGCGCGACCAUCAACCUGGCCAACGCCAAGCGGCUCAUCGACGACCGGCGCACGCUGGUGGAGAAGGAGACGACGGGCAAGAACGGGCAGCGGCGCCGCUCGGCCUUCGCCGAGGAGGAGGAGGGCUACAUGUUCGUCGAGGAGGGCUUCCGCAUCCGCUUCAACAACGGCGAGCUCAUCGACUUCUACGCCGACUCCACCGCCGACAAGGAGGGCUGGAUGAAGGUCCUCGGCGAGGUCAUCGGCCGCGACAGCCUCGGCGGCGACGGCACCGCCGACGAUCUCACCCGCUCCGAGUCCACCCGGAUGAAGGGCAAGUGGUGCGAGCUCGUGCUCAAGAGGGAGGAGGCGCUGAAGAAGAGGGCCGAGGGUCGACGGGUGCACUCGCGCACUAAGAGCAUGUACGUAUGA